UUUGCAUUUGCAUUUCCCUAGAUUUGAACCAGUUAUCAACUGAAGUUACACUCUCACGGAGUGAAAUCAAAAUCGCUGACCCUCCACAAGGUCACUUUCACAGGAGACUAAAAUGGAAACUCAAGCAGAAAAUCAAACAGAGGAAACGGUGAACAACAAGUCAAACGUAAAUCAAGACGAGUUGAUCAUCCAGCAGCAAAGACAAAUCGAAAAAGAGAUCUCUGAAUCGACACCAUGCGUGGGCUCAAAAGAGGACCUGUCUGCCUUGGAGAGUGAAUACGCAGAGGACCAAAUUUACUUGGCGAAAGCUGCAGACUUAAAGAAAAAAUACAAGUCAGUUCGGAGAACAAGACCCGACGGCAACUGCUUUUUUAGGGCCUUCAGCUACGCUUACAUGGAACAGCUGCUCGACGACCCGACCGAAUUCAAAAGGUUCCAUGAAAUAGCUGCUAAGAGUAAAGAUGAUCUGGUGGAUCUCGGAUUCCCUAAGUUUACCGUGGAGGAUUUUCACGAGACUUUCAUGGACGUUUUAAAGAGUGCUGGUCCGUCUGAGGAAGAGUUAAAGAUGGAGGACCGCAUCUCAAAACUGCACGGGAUUUUCAACGAACAGGGAUACUCUGACUACGUGGUAGUUUAUCUGAGACUCAUAACCUCCGGGCAGCUUCAGAAGGAAGCCGAAUUUUACCAGAACUUCAUUGAAGGAGACCGCGGCGUCAAGGAUUUCUGCCAUCACGAAGUGGAGCCGAUGUAUAAAGAGAGCGACCACAUCCACAUUAUCGCCCUCUCCUCAGCACUGGGCGUUGGCGUCCGCGUUGUGUACAUGGACAGGGGAGUGGAGUCAGAGGUGAUUGCCCACGACUUCCCAGACGGCUGCCAGCCCAGAGUAAAUCUGCUCUACCGUCCUGGCCACUACGACAUCCUCUAUCCGUGACACUAGUCCCCUUGUCCCUCCUUACAUCUGCCUUUUUAAAUCAUAAUUUUUGUAAGCCACUCCUGUUUAUAAUAAUAUGUGGGUAAAUAAAUUUGCUAAAUAUUCAAAGCAUUGCCCUGAAA